UUGGAAAGAAGGGACCGGAAGUGAUGCUGAAUGUUUGUGUCGCGGGCGUGAUGUUGAUGCGCAGAGCGUGAAGCUCGAGAGCAGAAAGAUCUGAUCACAAAGAUUGAGAUCAUCAGAAGAUCAUCAUCAGAAGAUCAUCAGAAGAUCAUCAUCAGAAGAUCAUCAGAAGAUCAUCAGAAGAGGGCGCUGUGACCAUGACUCCCUCCGUCCCGCUCUCAUUGGUGGUUCUCGCCCUCCUGAGUCGGUGCUCCUCUGAGGCCGCCGACCCGUCAGUGGACGUUCUGACCACAAGGAACGCGGACUUCGCCGCCCGGCUGUAUCGAGCCGUAUCCAGCCGGACCGACGACAACGUCUUCCUGUCUACAUUCACGCUGUCCGCCGGGCUUCUGGCGCUGAUGAGCGCCAGUAACGGGCCGACCCAGGACCAGCUGAUGCAGGGACUGAACCUGACUGGACUGGACCCCCAGACCCUCCCAGACCUGUUUCAGAGUCUCAGGACCGCCGUCCAACAGGGGAGUCCAGCGGCGGACCUGAAGCAGGGCGUGGCCCUCUUCCCAGCACAAGGCUUUCAGGUGUCCUCCUCCUACCUGGACCUGGUUCAGACCAAGUUUGGGGGAAAGGUUCAGAGUCUGGUCUACAAUGUGCCGCUGGAAGCCACCAUCACAAUCAACCUCUGGGCAGAGGAGCAGACUGGAGACACGGUCCAGGAGCUGGUGACCACCCUGGCCCCGGACACACAGCUGCUGCUUGCCACCACCGCCUCCUACAAGGCCCAGUUCAGUCCGUCUUUUAACGCGUCCUUCACUCAGGACGAGCGUUUCUACGUGGACAAGUAUCACGUCGUCAUGGUUCCCAUGAUGUUCAGGGCCGAUAAGUACUUCCUGGCGUACGACCGCUCGGUGAAGGUCGGCGUGUUGAAGCUGCCGAUGGCGGGCGGGGCAGCCAUGUUGGUACUGCUGCCCGAUGAAGGCGUGGACGUUACCGCCGUCGAAGAGGAAGUGACUGGAGAGAAGAUCCAGGCCUGGAUCAGACAGCUGAAGAGGACGAAGUUGGAGGUGCAGCUUCCUCGUUUCCAGUUAGAGCGUUCCUACUCUCUGCGUGGCGUCCUGCAGACCCUCGACAUCACGCAGGUGUUUCAGGAGGACGCUGACAUCAGCAACAUGGGCGGAGCUGAAGGACUCAAACUCACACAGGUUUAUCAUAAAUCUCUUCUCUCCGUCAACGAGAGCAGCGAUGACAUCAUCGCAGGAGGCGGAGCCAGCACGCUUGCCACUCUUCCUCCUCGUCUGACCAUCAACAGGCCCUUCAUCUUCAUCAUCUACCAGCAGACGAGCGGCAUCGUUCUGUCGAUGGGCCGCGUCAUCGAUCCCUCCAGGAAGUAAAACCCAUCAAAGUUAUGUCAGUAACUCAGUCCAGCGUUUCCCAACCUGAGGCUCGAGACCCAUCAGGGGCCAUUUCAUAUAUUUGAGGGUCCUCAGACCAUUUCCUGUUUCUACACAAAAGUACAUUUAUGUUUUCAGCUCGUAAGCAGCUUCUGUCUCAAACAUGAGGACGAUGAAGACGAGAUGUUCUUCAUCAUUCAGGAUUAACUGUAAUAACUUUAUUGAUCCUCUGACUUCACAUCAAACGCCACCUUCAGCAUUUAAUGUGUCCAACUCUGGUUUAUGACCAAAGCAGAACUGGUCUGAAUUUACAGACUGGUUGAACUGGUCUGAACUUUCAGACUGGUUGAACUGGUCUGAACUUACAGACUGGUUGAACUGGUCUGAACUUUCAGACUGGUUGAACUGGUCUAAACUUUCAGACUGGUUGAACUGUCAAACAAAUAGACCCUGUUACAGUUUGUCAACGAUGAUGAAGUAUUUCAGCGUGUGUUCUGUUAGCGUGGGUUCUGUUAGCGUGGGUUCUGUUAGCGUGUCUUAAGUUAGCGUGGGUUCUGUUAGCGUGUCUUAAGUAAGCGUGUCUUAAGUUAGCGUGUCUGCUGUUAGCGUACAUGAAACAGACGUUUAGAUGGAAACAGUUUGAAUUCAGUGUUUAAAGCUUCUAACUCGUCCCACGUUGACAACACACACACUCAGGUUGUAGAUGGCGCCGACUGUAAAAGGUUCUAUUUGGGCUGAAUGUUGUGAGGCAGGUGGAGAUGUGAUUAGAACCAUUGAAAUGCACUGAUGUAAACAGUUAAAGCUAUAACUCAUGAUAAACUGAUGACAUCAUCCUCCGCUGGACGUUUAGUUAGCAUGACAACAGCUAGCAUAGCAUUUGUACACCUCCUGUACUAGAUGUACUACAUAAAUAUGAAACAUGUACCUGCUGUAAAACAUUAAACAUUAAAAUGAA